AUGCCUGAAUAUGGCAAAAGAGAGUUUGAGGGAGAUUACAUGUCUCUUUCUGAUGGUGGAAAUUUGCAUGCGCAUGUAAAUGAUGAAGGUGGCGGCUCUCAUGGUACGUUGACCUGCGAGAGCAAGAAGCCCCAUAAAGCACAUCAGCACAGUCGCGCAAAGGUCAAGACUGGCUGCAACACUUGCAAAGCGAGACGAGUCAAAUGCGAUGAAACAAAGCCAGUCUGCAGAAGAUGUCAAAAGUUGAGGUCUGUCUGCGAUGGAUAUCCAGCUUCAAACGAGCCAUGGAAUCCGGAGACCCAUAUGAUAGCCGCUGCCGUCUCAGCAUCCGGCAUGUCUGCAAACAACGAGCUUUACGAUACCGGCAAAUCUCCUCUAGCAGAUGAAAGAGACUAUGGAUUGAAGGAUACAACCCCUAAGCUGCCAUCUAUUUGGGAACAACUACCUGAGGAUGAUUCGGGGAGAGUGUCACAAGUCCAUAUUGAAAAAAAAAGCCCCUCACGCCUCGAAACCAACCACACCAGUAAAUUUCAACGAUUUAGAUUGAUCUUGGCAAAGCAAGCGAGAAUCGUGUUAGUUGUUCAGAGGUUUUUCAAACUCAUGAGAGCUCAUUCUAUUGUGGAUUCAUAUUCUGCCGUAGAUCAAGCCAAGCCCGAUAUCUUCGAAAUUGUAUCAAGUUCUUCUGAUAACAAUUUGUCGAAUGAAAUAUCAGAAACAUCUCCAAAUAUAUUGAUCACUACUUCUGGUGAUAUCGAGUCUGACACAAACGGCACAGACUACGAUUCCGACGACCUUCCGGAUGAUCCAGAACUUUCUGUUUCAGCAGAAGAACGAAUAACAAACCCAAAGGCUUACUUUGACAAACUGAAAUCCUUAGAACAGCAAGUUUUCAACAAUUCAGGAAUUUUCAUCCAUAAAACUGGUGAUUCUACUGGACCAGCCCAGGAUGAAGCUUUACUUUGCCUUCCUGCACCAGAGUACUAUAAUUAUCAGACUGAUUAUUGUCUGGAUAUCAUUAGAUACUCCGACUCCGAACUUCUUUUGGACAUUCUCGUAUGUCAUAACAGGGCUCAUUGGGCCGGCAAUAAUCUUACCGUACUUCAAGAGAAUGGUUAUUGUGCAAAGCAUAUAUCCUUGUUAGUACAAGAUCAGCGGAGGGCCGAGGUUGUGAGAGUUAUUCAGAUUGAAAUACAAACUAUAUUAGAUUUAGUAGGAGCUUUCAAAGAGUUCAUGGGUAUAAUAUUGGUCAGUUUCGUUUCAGGCCCAUUUUACAACAGUUUCGCCGCGGAAGAGCUCGAUCGAUUAAUAGAAGAUUCCGACAAUUCGUUAAUCCUAACCCAGAAAUGCCUCGAGAUCUUGAGUAUAAUGUCGAUCUCAACAUUGCCCGAUAGGGCUAGUCGGCUAUCAGAUGGCUUUGUUUGGCAACUUACAACUCAAGUUAUCGAACUAGCAAUUUUAUCAUACGCUGGCGCUCACAUUCAACCUUUCGAUGCAGAGUUGGUGGAGAAGGAAAGCCCAUCAUUCCAUAUCCCACAGCGGUUCAAGUAUCAUGAUAAUUCCCUCAAUGGACUUGGAGUUCUUUCUGGCAUCUCGAAUCUAGGCGGAUUGGGUGUCGAACUAUGCCGUCGACAGUUACAAUGUAUGGAUGGAUUCUUAGGAGGGAAGCAGCCAUGGGUUUUUCAUAGCCUCGACCAUGGCUCUCCUAAUCAACAAACACGUUUGUGUCUAUCAUCAACCAUCGAAGCUCUAACGGAUCUUUGGGGACCGUCUUGGAGAAUAAUGCAAAACUCCUCGCCAAAUGAGAUUAAGCAAUAUGAUAUUGGGAAUGGUGGUAUCAUUCCAUGGACAACACAAAACGGUGAUAAUGACACCUAUUUGGUCCCUAUAAACUCAGAAGUCUUUUGUCAUUGGAUACCAUUCAAGAGUUGGAACGAAAAAGAAGUUGAUGCAAACCAGGAAUCGUUACCGAGACAACACUUUUUGUCUUCCGACAUCUUAUUAAUUGGCGCACCUAACAAUUAUGGCCUUCUCGUCAAUGAAAAGUGUAUCCGAUCUCCUGAACGCGUCUUACGUAUUAAAAGCCGAUUGUCGGAUCAACAAGCUCUUCGCUCACCUAAUACUUCUCGUGCUAGACGAUAUGUCGAUUCACAUGCAAUACAAAUACAGGGAAGCGCCAUGGGAUUUAUCUCUGGAGCAGGCCAAGUAACUUAUAAACGGAGAAUCGGGCACACAAUGAAGGAUGCCUUAGUAGAGCGAUGGCGACAUGGUUUACGAAAUCCUCUUGAUCUUGAAGCUUACUCUGGAGUUGAGGUAUCUCUCUGUUCUCGCAAUGCUCGUCGUCGACGAUUGUUAAACAUUCUCGCGUCUGAUACUAUGGUUAAUUACCUUCGUGCCAUAUCCUUCACAUGGGAUAACGGUAUCUGCGAGUCUUCAUAUCUCAAAGCAUUACGUUGCCCAAAGUCAUUUCGAAAAAUUUGGAAAGCACAUAAAGAUUGGCAGGCAAAUAUUGGUGAUGCAAUUUCCAAGUGUUUGGAUGCACUAGAAGAGACGGGCAUUGAUGAGGAUAAUCAGGAAUUAAGUGCCUUUUGGGUUGAAUCUUUCGAUGCGGAUGGGGAUUCAGAUGGGGAGGAUGAUGAUGAUUCUAUUGGACAGCCCGACUCGAUCAAAAAUAGUACUACUGGCGGCGGAAUUCAAUCACCAGUACAAAAUAACAUUGCCACCGGACUUCCAACUCCACCAAAUAUUUUAGUUUCAGUGGAUUUGGACACCUGCAAAUUUUUUGAGGAAUGGAUUGUUACAUUAUUUCGGUCCGAACAUACAUGGACAGGAUUUCUAGAAGACUCUGAAGAAUCAUUAACUAUGGUAGUUGUUGGAAAGGAAUGUCUUGAUUUUCACAACCAAGAUGGAUUCGGACGCUGUUGUUCCCUUACAACGAAAACCAAAGGAUACCCCGUUCUACAAACCUCACUACAAAUUAAUGAAUCACUACUUUCCAAUUGCUCUAUAAAGCUCAAGCAAGAAAAAGUGGACAGUAGUAAAAAGCCCAUCUGGAAUGCACACGAAUUAAAGAGGGGAACUACAUUUUGUUUGGGCAAUCAUGGAACAUUGGAAGUUAUAUCUGGGUCUUCCAAACUAUGCCCAACGGUAGUAGAGUGGAAAGGGGUGAAAGGUGGAAAAAGUGUUGGGGGGAUAUUGAAAGAGGUGAAAAAUGUAGGUGUUAACGAAAAUUUGCUUGGAAAGAGCGUUGAGAAACAUCAUAAAGAGUUUAUCAGGGGGUGUUGGGAAGUCAAGCCACUGCCAAUUUUGGUUUUGAGUAAAAGUACAAAGGUUAGAUUUGGGAAAGAGUAG